AUGCGGCUCACGGUUCGCGUGUCGAUCACUUUCGUCCUGAUCCUCACAAUUCUGCUCGUCAAGAAUCACUUGGACUCUCUCUCGCCGCAAUGGCAGGCCGACCGCGGCGCUGAGCUCGCGCCCGAGUUUGUGCUGGACAGCGCGGGCGCGCAUAUCGAGCUGGUCUCGGUCGAUCGCACCGGUCCGUCACCUUCGCCUUCCUCCAUUUCAAUUGCGCUGCCGUCCAGCUCCGCGCCGGCAUCCAAGUCGUGGCCCGAACCGACGAAGCGGCCCGCGACGCCGACCAAGUUCCAGCCGAAGUCGAUCCCGGUAGAUGUGCCGGGCGCGGAUGAUGAUAUAUGGCAACAAUAUCCGUUUUGGUCGCAUGACGAUAUGCAGAUUAUCACGCCAGACCAAAAGCAUAGUUUGAAUGUAAAACCGCGGCCUACGUCCACGCCGAAGCCCAAGGUGUCGCCGUAUCCCGAUCGCAUUAUUGUCAUGGGCCGCAUGUCGUGGGAGGACUCGGGUUGGUUGGAGGAUGAGUUGCCCGAAUGGCAACAUGCAGUUUACGUGGUCGAUAACCCUGACUCGGAAUACGCCGUCCAAGAAAAUAAGGGCAAAGAGUCCAACAUCUACCUCCAGUAUAUCAUCGACCACUACCACAAACUCCCCGAAUACAUGGUCUUCCUCCACGCCCAUCGCAGCUCCGAGCACGUCGAAUUCUGGCAGCAAGACAAUGCCCUCACGGUCCAGCGCCUCCAACUCGACUACUUGAAAAGGGUCGGCUAUGUCAACCUGCGCUGCGGCUGGGGCCCUGGCUGCCCGGACGAAGUCCAACCGUUCCGCCAGCUGGCCGGGCGCACGACGGAGAUUGCGUUUGCGGGCGCGUGGAUGCGCAUUUUUAAUAAUACCGAUGUGCCCGAGGUGGUUGCCACUCCUUGUUGCGCGCAGUUUGGCGUGACCAAGGCACAGGUCCACGCGCGGCCCUUGAGUGACUACCAAGCGUAUCACCGCUGGCUGAUGGAGACGGAACUGGACGAUGAGACGAGCGGUCGCGUGUUUGAGUAUUUGUGGCAUAUCGUCUUCGGGCAGGACCCCGUCUUUUGUCCAUCAAAACAGCAGUGUUACGAGGAUGUAUAUGGACUGGAGUGGGACCCUGCCUACGCAGAAGAUUUUGUGGACUGGGUCGAUGAUGACUUCUGGGAUAUAUGA